AUGAAGCACAUUGCGGACCGCAAGUAUACGACCGACUCGGACCUCGAGCGUGCGAAUCUAACCGGCGGCACAAUCGAGCAGGCCAAACCGAUCUACAUUGAAGACAAGUGGAGUCUCUCGGGGCUUUGGAACGACCGCGUCGCCCGGAAACGCGCCGUCUUGCUCGUCACGGGCCUCGCGCUGCUCUUU